UUCCUCUACAAAGAAUUUCUGAUGUUGCAAGAAACUUUUUCCAUUGGAAAUGGAAGGUUGUUUUUCAUAUACUACUUGUAUAAUAUUAGGACACUUGAGGGUUGGGGGUAUAAAACAACUUGGAACAACAUAAAAAUGUACCAGUAUGGGAGCAAAGGCAACAUGGUAUUCCUUCUAUUGAGGACUUGAAGACAAUAGAAAGUUGUGCCAUUUCAGCUAUACUAGUAUAGUUGAAGUGGUACAACCCCUCCUAAUGUGGAUGCAGUAAUAUCUGUAUAAGGUGAUUCCUGUAUGUGCAGGAGAAUAACUCAACUGAUAUAAGUGCAUCCACAUUAGGGCUUGUAUCAGUGUACCUGUUUAAGUAAAAGUCAACUCCUCCCCCCUCCCACAACUGAAAUAGUCAUACUGGUAAAACUUUUACGUGUAGACCAAGUCUGAGUUAGGCUUAUAGUCUAAUGAGGUGAUCAGGAUCAAGAAAGCAAGAGACUAGAGACACAGUUAAUCAAUCAACAGAUACCCAGGCCUACAUUUAAAAAAAUAGACAUGCAACGUGAAGCAUAUGCAUAAGUCCAGUAUUUGCAGACUCCAAUGUGUGUGCCCACAUCAAGUGUUUUGUGUAUACAAAAGGAUGUGUUUUGUCCACACACUUUAAAACAUCUGGGCCAAAAAGCUUCUCAUUAGUAUUGUGGGCUAGAGCUUUCAAUGAAGCUGUCUGCAAGAUGAAUUUGGAUUUAUCUUCUUCUCCUGGUCCUCUGAAGGCAUGUAGGAGUGUAUUUUAAAAAAAAAACAAAAAACCACAGGAAUAAAAAAGGUAUGUCCUAUACUCAGCACCUUGCAAAACAUAAAUACUUAUCUGAUAUUAAAGCUGUUAGUUUCAGCCAUAGACAGCGUAAACAAUUUUGCCAUUACUGAAUUGAAGGACUAAGUAAAUCUUGGAUUGUGAUCAAAGCUACAUCAAUGUGUGGGUUUGUUUGUUUGUUUGUUUUUUAAUUAGUUAUUGGGACUAAGUUAAACUUUGAGGAAACAAUUUAUUUUGCUGGCAGCUUUGAGUCCCAGCAGUUCAUGAAAAUUCAUCUGAAUUAGAAACUACUUUUAAUGUUUUAUUAUUCGCCGAUAACAGCAUAAAGCAAAUCUUUACUUCCAAAAUAGCCAUUAUAACUAAGUCUGUUUGAUACAAGCUUUUAUCUUAAAACCACUUAAUCUUAUGUCAUUGAUAAAGCCAUUUGAAAUCUGGUUUUGGCCACAAGGUGGUGCAGCUGCACUCAUAAAUAAUACUCUGCAUCUAGUUCUUGUUAUCUCAAAGGGGCUUUCUGAACAACCUCAGAACAAGCCCAUCAGCUAUUAGCACAUGCUGUUUUUACAGACCUCAACCACAGGGAUUAUACAGCUUGUUUCACACAGCUUUUUGGAGGUGAGUCUUUAUGUAAGGACCCCAGUUAUCUUCCCUUUUUGCAUCAUGCUUAGUGGCUUGUUCUAAAAUAAAAGACAGGGAAGCCUUUCCCCUCCUUUAUUGUAGUAUCUGUAGCUUAGGCAAGCCUUGAAUGACUCUCCAGCUGCUUUCCUACAGAGCUUGCCUACCCUGCUCCCCAACUCCCUUUUCCGGUAAGGGGCUUAAUGUGCAUUGGGAUCUGCCCUCUGAUGUAUCCCCAUAACUGAGGACAGUAGGAUGGAAUUUUGACCCACUCUGCUUUGAACGCUGAUUUUGGGUCCCUAUCAAAAUAUUCUGGGGGAAAAAAUCAAAUACAGAAUUUUCUUCAUUGUUAACAUUUUGUUCUUGAUGGUGGAUCUUUCAGGGUCUGAAUUUCCCUCAUCAAGCUGUUAGGGUUGUGCAGAGGAGCUCCACAUUGUGAGCCUCACCGCUGGCAGCUGGGACUGGGAGAGAGUUUUGGAGUCAUGCACUUGUGGGCAUUCUGUGGGUAUUCAUCUGCAGGGCCUCAUUCCAAUAUAUGGGGUUUUCUACCUAAUCUCUAUAGCAAGACCCUGUGAUUUUUGUGAGGUACCAAUUUACAAUCCUGUAGCAUAUGGAAGCUUUGGCAGCAUCAUGAACUGAGUGAAAAAAGCUAGGUGUAUAAUGACGAGUUAAAUACAGAGAGAGUAUGAAAGUAUUUAUUUCAAUAGUGUGCUCAGUAACUGAAAUGUUUUUCAGUUUGCUUUACAUGGACACCAAAACCUUGGGGCUUGUCCACAUGGUGCAUUAGUCUGCACCAGAGGGGUGUAAAUUCUAGUGUGCACUAAUGUGUUGUGUGCUGACUGGCCCGUGUGGACCCUGAUGGUGUGCACUAAAAGUUCCCUAGUGUGCGUUAAUGUUGUACUAUUUGAUGUGGACUGACAAAAACACCUCAGUUUGAUGUGAGAUGAUGUAUUUAAAUAAAAUAACCAAGGGCCCAAUUUUGCACCCAGCCUAAGUCAAUGUCACUUACUUCAGUGGGUCCAGGAUCACAACCUGAAUAUGCGCUGUGAACUAGACAGAUGUGGGCCAAAGGCAGAAAUUCAGCUCCACAGCUUGGUGCUGUUCUGAUUUAGGGGGUUGAUUGUGCCCAUUAUGGAGAUUAGGAGUGAGUAGCCUAAGUCAGACUCACCGCUUUGUGCACUUUUUAAACAUCCCCACAUGGGACAAAUUGAGAAGAUAAUUGAUUGAGCACAAGGUGAUUAACCAGUUAAAGUGAUUCAGCUUGUCAGGAGAGGACAGUGAAAAGGGAAGGGGGUGGGGUAGGCAAGGCUGGAAGGAAAGGCCAGGGAAACCAAGCCCUGUGUCUGGGCAGAAGGUAAAAGCCUCAUAUUGAUAGGGACAAGGACUUGUAUAGCAUAUGGUAAAACUAAAGCUCAUGGUGGUGUCCUUGGCAGGGGAGUGUGUAAGGACUGUUUACAGAGAAGGAUCCAGGGUGAGGGAACCCUGCCCUAUAACGGCUGUUUGCAAAAUGUGUGUGGACCUGGAUUCCAAUUUCUACCCUUCUCAUCUCAAAAGAGUUUGGGGGUCAUAUGUGGGGUUUAAAUUCAGGUAAAUCUUUUAGUAUGAAUUAUAGAAAAAUACAACACUUUGACCUGAUUAAUGUGUAGCUACGGGUGUUGAGGCAGAGCUACCAUUGCUUUGAUUUACAAAAUGGUAAAAUGACAGUUCUUGAAAAUGUACGGGGUGAAGCAGCACAGAAAAUCCUACUCCAACCUUUUCUCCUGUUUCUAGUGUUCAGGGAUAUCACACUAGUUUGUUUCUACUUACCAUUCAUAUAAUACAGUGAGGGUUUUUUAGUAUAUUAAUGAUUGCCUUGCCCUGUAACUGGUCAUCAAUUUACAAAAUUAGUCUCCAGUAUAGGUGGGCUAAUGAUACAGAUCUACCUGCUCUGACUCUGUAGGGCACUUUGUUGCUUCUGGAUUGAGAGGGAUUUCCUUCUGGAGUGCUUGUGACCAUGUUUGGCGUGAUGUCACUAAAUGGGUGGGGUAAAGUCUUACAAAAGCAGCACAACCACAGCAGCCUCAGCCAGCAUCAACAUGAACUGCAGCGUGCUUCACAGAGAGCUGCCCAGCUACGGAAUGGAAAAGAGGCUAGACCCAGUCACUCUGCAGCCUUUCUGGGACUUUGUCAAAGCAAAGGAGCCACUGAUCCAGUCACCUUACUUUCCAGUGCUGUUUUCGUUUACAGCUUACAUGGCUUUCUGUCUUCCUUACAUUGCACUGGACUUCUUAAGCACUAAAGUACCAGCCGUGAGAAAAUACAAAAUCCAGCCUCUGAUUUAUCCAACUCUGGGAAUGAUGGUACCUUGUAUGGUUCAAUGUGUCUAUCAUCACGUUGUCUUUAUCUUCCCAGUGACAGUUGCUCAUUGGUACUGGAGACCAGUGGAUUUACCAGCAAUGGCUCCAGAGCUGCAGAGAGUCUUGCUGGAUGUAACUGUUUGCCUGCUUCUCUUUGACUUCCAGUAUUUUCUGUGGCAUUUGCUUCAUCAUAAAGUGCCUUGGCUCUACAAGACUUUUCACAAGGUUCAUCAUAAGCAUGUAUCUACGUUUGCUCUUACCACACAGUACUCAAGUGUUUGGGAGUUACUUUCACUGGGAUUUUUUGCUGCCAUAAAUCCAGUGUUGCUGAAAUGCCAUCCUUUGACAGAAAUGAUUUUCUUCCUUGUUAAUAUCUGGCUGUCAGUGGAGGAUCAUUCAGGCUAUGAACUUCCAUGGUCAACAAACAGACUGAUACCAUUUGGCCUGUAUGGAGGAGCUCCGCAUCACGAUCUCCAUCACCUGAAGUUCAGAUGUAACUAUGCUCCUUACUUCACCCACUGGGACAGACUAUUUGGAUCACUUGCUCACGCACAUUCACAACAAUAACAGGGAAUUCGUCUGUUACCUAGCUAAUUUUGUACAGCUAAUAAAUUAAAAGAAAAGUAUAAUUUUUUCCCGAGCUCAGAUAUAAAAUGUGAAAUCUUUUAUAACAAAUCUAAUUUAAUGUUUGUAUAUAUAUUUAUGGAAUUGCAUAUGUAAGGUCUGUUACUACUUGUUGGGAAACAAUGUCACAUUAUAAGGAAAGCAUUAAGAAACUCUCACUUCCUUCUUUCCUUUGACUAUGCCAGCUUUUAUAAAGCAUAUUGUGUUACUGUGUUUUAUACAUACAGAGACAAAUAUUUUCUUACUGUUAUAGGAUGACUUGUGAUAUGAAUAGAACCAAUGCACAUAGUGUGCAUUAAGAAUUCCAAGAAAA